CAGCCGGUGCAUCUGCACUCUCAUCUGUCAAAGUCACAUGUAUGCAAAAGCCGCAAAACUUCUUCGGUGCUCCUAAUGUUUACAUAAUUUUGUUAUCAAGUUUAGUUUAAGUUUUUGUACAGGUUUCACUAGCUUUAUUUACUUUUUAGGGAAAUGUUCAAAUCUCUGCGUUUCGUGGCUGUUCAGUGCUCGCCAAUUCUCAAGCCAUCAAAUGUUCGACCGGUGAGAAGCUUCCACCUCAGUCCGUGGAACCGAGCGGGGCACUCCAAGUGGCAAAACAUCCGACACAUCAAAGCGCUGAACGAUGGCCGGAAGUCGGUCCUGUUCAUCAAACUGUCCCGUCAAAUCCGGUUGGCCAUUCAGGCGGGUGGUGCCAAUCCGGCCGUAAAUAACACGCUCCGGGCGGCCAUCGACGAAGCCCUGAAGAAGAACAUGCCCAACUCGACGAUCCAGGGCAUCCUAAAGAAGGCCAGUCAAUCGUCGACGCAGCUGAAGAAGUUUUGCGUGGAAAUCAAGGCGUUCGAUCAGAUCAAUGUUAUCUGUGUGCUUUACACGGAUCGGUUCACACAGCUCAAGAUGGAAAUGGCCACGAUCCUGAGGAAGAACUUUGCAAUGUUCAACGACGUGAAACACUUGUUCGAUGAGCAGGGUUACAUUGAGGCCAUAUUAAAGACGGAAGUUCCUUCGGAUGAGCUGUUGUCGGUAUGCACGGAGCAUGCAAUAGAAGCUGGUGCCGAAGAUGUCGAAGUCAUGAGCGACGACUCUAAAUUGCUUAGGUUUAUCUGUGAUCCAACCGAGAUAGAGAAAGUGAAGACACAGCUGGAAAAGCUAGGAUAUUCAAUUGAGCACAGCGAGCACGCAUUCUUUCCGAAAAGCACAAUCAAGUUGAACCCAGAUGCGACGGAGGCGUAUGAAAAGCUGAAGGAAAAGUUGAAAACCAUCGACGGAGUGGAGGACAUCUACGAUAACGUGGAAGUGGUGUACUAGCAUUCGUUGAACGGUGCUGCAACAAAGAUAUUGAAAAGUUAA